AUGUUGCCGUGCGCUGCCCCUCCUGCUUUCUCCGCCUGCUGCAUUGUCGUCCCGCCGCUGCGCCCCGGCUCCGCGUCCCGCGCUGUCCCCGCGGGCGGCGGAUGCGGGGGGGAGGAGGGGGAGGCGAGAGCACUCCGCGGCUCCGCUGCCUGUCCGCCCGGGUUUAUUCUUCAAUUCCCCACCGUGUAUCCCCCCGCUCUCCCGGCGGGAGCAGCCCAAGCUCCCCGCCCGCCCCUUAACCCUUGGCGGCACCCCCUGCCCUGCCCCGCGCCGCGCAGGCCGCGCAGCGCCCCCUGCCGACCGCGCCCCGCCCCGCCCUGCUCCCGCCGUGGCUGCCCGGCGGCAGCGGCUGCAGCCCCGGCCCCGCCACCCCGGCCCGGCCCCGCCGCCCUGGCCGCUGCCCGGGGCAGCCGCGCAGCCCGGCCGCCCUUCGCCAGGUGCUGCCGCGCUUACCUGCCGUGGGGGGCUGGGUCCUGCCCGGCCGCGCCCGCCGCUUUCCCUCCCCGAACGGCUGCAAAAUGGCCUCCCCGGCGAUGCCGGCCCUGCUCGCCGCAGCAGCGGGAGGGACGGGCGGGAAGGCGGGCGCGGUGCCCCGCUCCCCCGCACGGCUCGGACGCGUAG